GCCACCUGACCAUCUUCCACUGCCACUGAUCUGCGACAACGCAACGAACUCAGCACAACUCUCACGGUUUCCCUCCUGGCCUGAUCGCAAGCUUCAUCGCUUGUCAAACCUAUUCGUCCAAUUUCAGCCUGACGAACGCGCUAUAGCCGCGACUCUCACGCUACCCACGCGACGUCCUCUACCAUGAACCCCAGCGAGACGCCCUCGAGUCCUAUCAACUCCGCCAAGUCACGAUUGACAGAAGAGCAGAAGAAGCGCAACCAUAUAGAGUCGGAGAAGAAGCGUCGAGAGGCGAUCCGCAAUGGCUUCGACAGGCUGUCCACUAUCGUGCCAGGCAUGCAAGGCCAGGCGCGUUCCGAAGCGAUCGUGCUCGCUGCCACAGUCGAUUACAUGCGAUCGAUGAUCAAUCAGAAGGACAAGAUAUAUGCUGCGGCUAUGGAAAAGGGCUGGACACCGGAGCAGUUCAAUCGCUACUACCAGGUGGCAGAACAAGAAGCUCGUGCGAUGGAGAAUAUGCCACUUAAUGUCAAUUCUGCGGGCGUUCCGGUGCCGAACCAGAACCAGGCUCAAGCCGCAGCGCAUCUCCAAGCAGAGGGUCAGCAGCAGGCCAAUAUAGGUGGCUCGGCACCUACCGACACGCCUGCACCUCAGCUUACUCCUGUUACGCCAGCGACUCCGGCCACGCCAGGACCACCAGUCGCAAGUAACGGAGUGACUUCAUCGAGCGCAAAUGGCGAUGGUCAGGGUAGAGAAUCAAACGAGAAGACUUCCAGUGCGACAUGA